AUGCCAAACAAGGCCGAAAAAUCGAAGGCCGUCGCUCAGGCUGCGGCUCUUGAAAGCAGCCCGUCAACUCCAAAACCGAACAAGAAGAGGACGGCGAACAACAAUCUCAACAACCCCCGCUCAUCCCAAAAGGUUGAAGAAACCCGUGUCGGCUCUGCCACGGCAGACGUCAAAAAUGCGACAUCCCCUGCUCCCUCGCUUUCGGAACAUCCCUGUCCCAAGGCUACAAACAAAGACGUCGAUACUGCGAGUCCACCUGCUCAAUCGCUCUCCAACCCGCGCUCAUCCCAUAACGAUGCAAAGCCAUCCACAAAGAAUACCGGCAUAGGCGUCAAAGAUGCGAAACCUCAAGCCCACUCACCCUCCCCGGAUCUGCUUGGCCCGGAGACGAACAAACCCGAGGAGGGUACAUCAAUCUCGCAUGAAGACGACUAUGUGAGUAUCAAGAUCAAGCUGGCUGAGGAUAGCAAUACCGACGGCGAGUUUGUGUCGGUGCAAGACCUGCAAAGUGAAGAGCUGCUUGAACUGCCACGCGUUGGUCAUCUCCAGGCGGCAGACGGGACUCUGAAAACUGUCAUUCUCAGCAUCAAACGGAGAGGCGUCGAGUACCGGAUCGUUUUCAGCAAUCCGCCAAAAGAUCAGGACCGCACGAUUGCACAUGAUUGCAUGGAUCUCUAUGUCCAGGAAGACUAUUUUGGCGUUGGAGACCUCCUCCUCCCCCUGUGCGAACCCAUUUUCAACGAGGCGGACAACAACCCUAUAUCAGCCAACAAAUUCCAGCGCUUUCUACAAUCCGCAGUGACCUAUCUUCGGCUUAUUCCCACCACGCCGGCAAUAGAGCCAUACCUGGGCUUUUUGGGUCCCCGCACUGUUGACUGGGACAAAUUCCUGCGACUUCACUAG